AUGAACCCAUACGAACACAACACCCAUCGCCAUGUUUCACCAUCCCAACACUACCACCACUCAUUCGGCCAUCACUGGCACACCCUCCCAUUGCUGCUCAGCAUCACCCUCACCCUCCUCUUCUUGAUCUCCAUCUCAUACCUCAUCUUCAACUCCAUCAAGCAAUGCCUGAUCCGCCACCAACGCUGCCGACGCAACACAACAAACCACGAGUCUCGUGAUCCAGUGUGCAUGGCCCAACUCAGAGCCAUUCCCGUGCUCAUCUACGACCAUUCGGCGGGUGAAACUGAGACGUGCGCAGUGUGUUUGAUGGAGUGCGUGAGAGGAGAAGAGGUGCGAGUGUUGCCGGGAUGUAAGCACUUGUUUCACAGGGCGUGCGUGGAUGAGUGGUUGGUUGGGAGGUCUUCAUUUUGUCCGGUGUGCAGGGGUCGUGUGAUUGAGCGCGCGGUGGAGCCCGGGAGUGUGCGCGCGCUUGAUGGGAAUAGUGAGAUCACUGAGAUGGAGAGUGCCGGUGCGGCCAUGAACAACGCCAUUGUUGGUCAGUAUCGUUCCUUUCUUUGA